CGGCGGCGGCGGCCCUGAGCAGCCGUGCUGUCUGCGAGCAGAGCGGAUCUGCACGGAGGGCGCGAGCGGAGCGGGGAGCGGACCGCGCACUGUCCUAGAGCUCCCCUCGGCACACAGGGGCGCGGGUACUGACCGCGGGGCCCUCGGGCCGGCCCGGGCUCGGGGCUCCGGGCUCGGGACCAUGGCGCUGCGCGCCCGGGCACUCUACGAUUUCAGGUCCGAGAACCCCGGGGAGAUUUCGCUGCGGGAGCACGAGGUGUUGAGCCUGUGCAGCGAGCAGGACAUCGAGGGCUGGCUCGAAGGGAUCAACAGCCGCGGCGAUCGCGGCCUCUUCCCGGCCUCGUACGUGCAGGUGAUCCGAGCACCCGAGCCCGGCCCUCCUGCCGACGGCGGCCCCGGAGUCCCGGCCCGCUACGCCAACGUGCCGCCCGGUGGCUUUGAACCUCUGCCCGCCGCACCACCCGCCGCCUUCCAGCCGCUGCUGCAGUCGCAGGCGCCGCCGGGGUCCUUCCAGCCGUCGGGCGCCGGGUUCCCGUACGGCGGGGGCGCCCUGCAGCCGUCGCCGCAGCAGCUGUACGGCGGCUACCAGGCCAGCCAGGGCAGCGACGAUGACUGGGACGACGAGUGGGACGAUAGCUCCACGGUGGCCGACGAGCCGGGCGCGCUGGGCAGCGGUGCCUACCCCGAUCUCGACGGCUCGUCCUCGGCUGGCGGCGGCGCGGCUGGUCGCUACCGCCUGUCCACACGCUCCGAUCUGUCGCUGGGCUCCCGCGGCGGCCCGGCGCCUCCGCAGCAUCAAGCGUCUGGAGCCAAGAGCUCGGCCACGGUGAGCCGCAACCUCAAUCGCUUCUCCACCUUCGUCAAGUCGGGCGGGGAGGCCUUCGUGCUGGGCGAGGCAUCGGGCUUCGUGAAGGAUGGGGACAAGCUGUGCGUGGUGCUGGGACCCUAUGGCCCCGAGUGGCAGGAGAACCCGUACCCUUUUCAGUGCACCAUCGACGAUCCCACCAAGCAGACCAAGUUCAAGGGCAUGAAGAGCUACAUCUCUUACAAGCUGGUGCCCACGCACACCCAGGUGCCAGUGCACAGGCGCUAUAAGCACUUCGACUGGCUGUAUGCGCGCCUGGCCGAGAAGUUCCCGGUCAUCUCGGUGCCCCACCUGCCUGAGAAGCAGGCCACCGGGCGCUUCGAGGAGGACUUCAUCUCCAAGCGCAGGAAGGGCCUGAUCUGGUGGAUGAAUCACAUGGCCAGCCACCCGGUGCUGGCACAGUGCGACGUCUUCCAGCAUUUCCUGACCUGCCCCAGCAGCACGGACGAGAAGGCCUGGAAACAGGGUAAGCGAAAGGCUGAGAAGGAUGAGAUGGUGGGCGCCAACUUCUUCCUCACUCUGAGCACACCCCCUGCCGCCGCCCUGGACCUCCAGGAGGUGGAGAGCAAGAUCGAUGGCUUCAAGUGCUUCACCAAGAAGAUGGACGACAGCGCCUUGCAGCUCAACCACACUGCCAAUGAGUUUGCGCGCAAGCAGGUGACUGGCUUCAAGAAGGAGUAUCAGAAGGUGGGCCAGUCCUUCCGAGGCCUCAGCCAAGCCUUUGAGCUGGACCAGCAGGCCUUCUCGGUGGGUCUGAACCAGGCCAUCGCCUUCACCGGGGAUGCCUACGACGCCAUCGGCGAACUCUUCGCUGAGCAGCCCAGGCAGGACCUGGACCCAGUCAUGGACCUGUUAGCACUGUAUCAGGGGCACCUGGCCAACUUCCCAGACAUCAUCCAUGUUCAGAAAGGAGCUCUUACCAAAGUAAAGGAGAGUAGGCGACACGUAGAAGAAGGGAAGAUGGAGGUCCAGAAGGCUGAUGGCAUUCAAGACCGCUGUAACACCAUUUCUUUCGCCACAUUGGCCGAGAUCCAUCACUUCCAUCAAAUUCGAGUGAGAGACUUUAAAUCACAGAUGCAGCAUUUUUUACAACAACAAAUAAUAUUUUUCCAAAAAGUGACCCAGAAGUUGGAAGAAGCUCUUCACAAAUACGACAGCGUCUAAUGGCCGGACAUGGGACUGUGCACUUGUUUUCAGUCCAAGGAUAGUUCCUACAGCAGAGUAAAAACUGCUUUCAAAGAGCUAUUGCCAACUAUAGGUGGUGGUACAAGGAUGGUUUUGUGUUCAACCGAAACCCGGCUGGAUAUCUAAUUAUGUAGGAAAGAAACAGUUAAUAUGGUUAUGUAGCAGAAACAGUACCACACUUUGUAACUAAAUUAUACUAUGUAUGCCUACACUACCAUUGUAACUUUUGGAUAAUGAUUAUACUAUUUGCCUUAUUGCUUUUUGAAGUAUGGGUAUAUUAGUGUAUACUUUGUAGACCUCAGAACCCAUGAAGAGUCUCAAAGAAGCUGGCUGGAUAAAA